AUGUAUGAAGAUAUGCUUUCUGCUCACUCAUAUGUAGAGGGACACGUGAGCUUCGGAAUACUUAAAGACACUGCCACAACCACUACAAGCAAAUCUACAAUCUCGACAACCACCACUUCCACAGCAACUGGCGUGUCCCCGACACAAGCUGGUAUCACCUCUGACUGCUCAACAUACUACCUCGCCCAGUCCGGUGAGAGCUGCUGGUCAAUUAUCAAUGAAAAAUACACCUACCUUGCGUCAGAUUUGUUCUAUCAAUGGAACCCAUCUGCCAGACACCAGGUCCGGCUACAACUGCCGUAA